AUGGGUCUCCAUAACAGCCUCCAAGACAAGACUCGCCGCCACAUCCAGGACUUCCAACACGCCUUUACCAGCAGGCACGCAUUUGUCAAGUACCUGGAGACGCGGCCGGACGCCAGCAGUGACGGCGACAACGACGGGCCGCGCAACAAGUGGACGAACGAAGACCUCGCGGUCAGCCCGGCUCACCAUCACACCUGGGGGUGGUACGACUAUGCGGCCUUCUGGUGGUCGUACGGCUUCUCGCCCGGCUGCUGGUACCUGGGGGCGGCGCUGCUUGCGGUCGGCCUGAGCCCAGGCCAGGCGUUGGGCUGUCUCUUCCUGGGCUUCUUCUUCGGCUCCGUGGGCAUCGUCAUGCAUUCGCGAGCCGCCGCCGUCUACCACUUCGGCUUCCCCGUCGAGACCCGGCUUGUCUGGGGUCUUCGGGGCAGCUACUUCCCCAUCUUGAUCCGUGCCCUGUGUGCGCUCAUCUGGGGUGGCGUCACCAUUGCCCAGGGCGGAUACUUCACCGCGGUCGUGCUGCGAUGCAUCUUUGGCAAUUCGUAUUGGCACAUGCCCAAUCACAUCCCCGCCAGCUCCAACAUCACAGUGCAGCAGCUCAUAGGAAUGAUCGUGUAUUGGGUCAUGACAUGUUGGACGCUCAAUGUCCCCAUCCACAAACUGCGGCGAGCGUACGAGAUUCAGAUGUUCAUUCUUCCUGCUGUGAUUAUCGGUCUUUUCGCCUAUUGUAUGGUGACCGGACGAGGCUAUCCCCAUCAGGACCUGUACGCGGUGCCACCUAAGCAUGGCGCCGCGCUGUCGUGGGCAUUGCUUUCCGCCGUCAACUCCGGCCUCGCCAAAACAACCACGCUCAUGGUGAAUCAACCGGAUAUUGCACGCUAUGCCCGCACCAGGAUGGCCCCGGUCUGGGCCCAGCUCGUCAUGUUUCCGGUUGCAAGUACGGCGUGUGCAGCCAUGGGCAUUUAUGCCACGCAGCACAUUUACAAUGCAUGGGGCAACGUGGACUGGAAUCCAUGGGACCUGAACCACGACAUGCUCGACCACAACUUCAGCCACGGCCGCCGGGCCGGAGUAGCCAUCAUCAACAUUGCCUUCAUCUACGGAAACGCACUCACCGAGCUCGGAGCGAACGUGAUUCCGUUCGGAGCAGACUUCAUGUCGCUGUUUCCGCGAUGGCUCAACAUCAAACGCGGCAUGUGGCUGAGCUAUAUCCUCGGAGUGGCCAUCUGUCCAUGGCAGAUCUUGGCCACAGCAACCGGCUUUCUCAAGUUCUUGGGCGGUUACAGUAUCUUCCUGGGGCCUUUUCUCGGCAUGGCCUUGACGGAUUACCUGGUGGUUCGCAGGGGGAAUGUCUUCGUCGCCGAUCUGUACCAAGUGGGCGGUCGGUAUUGGUACAUACACGGCGUGUCAUGGAGGCCGAUUGUGACUUGGCUUUUUUCCGUUGUUUUCAUGCUUCCAGGGUUUGCCGAAACCUUUGGCGCCAAAAUCGCCCACGGCGAAGGCUGGAGUCACCUAUAUGCCUUCAGUUGGUUUUACACCUGCACCAUCAGUAGUGUUGUCUAUUUCCUCCUGUCGUUUAUCGGGAACUACGCCGGCGAGGAGAGAGCUAUGCCGUUCGAGAGCCUGGCCAGCACCAAUGCCAAUGGGGUGGAGGAACUGCACGCCGUCGAAGGACAGAGCGACGUAUCUGAGGUUCAUCUUAGUGUCGAAGAUAAGGUCUGA